UUUCUUCUUCUCCUCAGGUGAAAGGAAUGGGGAAGUACACAACCAAACAGUGUAAACGUUACCAUUACACUCAGCUUUUACUGUAAGAGGGAAUCAUACGCACGCAUUCAAUCCAGAGAGACUGACUACAUUAAAGCGCUGAAACACAGCUAGUAUGCAGAUGAACUGGGAAAGAUACCACCGGAAAGUGUCCAUACCAAAAGAGAUCCCUGAGCAUUUGUUCCGCUCAGACAACAACCUUGUGUUUAUGUGCAAGUUACCCAUUAAAGAAGGCGUCAGAUUUGCACAGGAUCAUGAAGCUGUACAAGUCAGUGUCCCAGCUCAGUGCACUGUCCACCAGCUCCGCCUGCAGCUCUGCAAGGUUCUACAGGAGACCAGUAGGCUUCCAGACCCAUUUGGGCUCCUGGAUCCUGACAAAUAUACCCUGCUAUACACAAAAGAUGAAGAUGAGUUUGAAAUUUAUGACGACUAUCAGGUGCUGAAAACACUGGACGCACCCUGGUUUCAGGAUGCUAAAGGAUGUCAGACAGUCUGGAUCAAGGUCUUGGCGAAGCAGGAGAACUCGGAAGAGAAGAUGUGCUACCAGAGGCUUCUGAACGAUUUGAUUGGGUAUGAUUUAGACAGUGCAGCAGCUAAUCGCUUAAGUGAGCCGAGUUUUGCCCGUAGAAAGUUUGCCACACCGCGCAAGGAAGAACUAAGAAGACGUGAAGCUGUGAAGUAUGCCACAGAGCCCUGGACGACUUCUGCACCACUACCAAAAGACCAGCAUGAUCAAGUCAAACGAAAGCUCCCAAUAACUCUGCAUCACGCCGGCACAAGCUUUCAUGUUAAGGCUGACGUGAACAAUACCCCUGCUGACCUUCUUAUGGCCAUUUGGGAAUCAAUGCCCUCAGGUGACCAGGCUUUUCCGAAAUGGGCAGAAGAGCAUGUUCUCAAAGUCUGUGGAAGGGAGGAGUAUCUGUCUGGAAAUUUUCAGCUCUCUGCUUUCCUCUGGGUCAGACACUGCCUGAAGAAUGUGCUGGAGAUUCACCUCACACUGGUUGCCGUUGCAUCACUUCCAGAUGAUACCGUGAGAAAGGAAUACUGGCCUCAGGUUGAUAGUCUAACAGGUCUCUCCAGUUGCCAUGAAGAAAUCUCACUGGCAGGCAAGGAAAUUGAAGAGAUUGUAAUGAUUUCACUCUGGGACUGUGAGAGGAACUUUAGGGUAAAGCUCCUUGGGUUUGACAUCCCUGAAAUGCCAGAGAAAACCCCAGAACUUGUCCAAGUAGAGGCCACGAUUAUCUAUGGCAGUAAGGUCAUAUCUUCAGUCUGUUCUUCCUCAAAGGAAUUUGCAGAAGAGGUUCUGUGGAACACCUGGCUGGAAUUCGAUAGGCCACUGAAGGUUAUACCUCGUGGAGCCAAAUUAGGCUUCACGAUCAACUGCAGCAUGGUUACUAAACCCUCUAAGAAAUCCAAGUCCCCUACCAGUGAAUCCAAAGUUCCAGACUUCAAGAAAUCCAAAGGAAAAGUACUAUAUUUUGCAAACCUUCAGCUGAUUGACCACAGGUCUCUCCUAAGUCAGGGGCCACAAACACUGCACAUGUGGUCUUUCCCAGAACAAGAAGAAGAAGCGUUCACUUAUGAAGCAGACAAACUUUCAACUGCCACCAACCCUGAUGUGGACAAAUCCAUGGCCAUCACCUUUCUGCUGGAUCGCUACAGCUUUCCUGUUGUUCUUCCUCAUAGCAGGGCAUCAUCUGAUAUCACAGCUCCUCCUAGUGCAGUAUCUCCUUCAGUAGAUCAUGAUGUGCCACUUCCCACGACUGCAACCUGCUCUUCCUCUUCACCUGUGACUUCUCCACCAACACCCACAGUCAAAGAUCGUCUAAGCAGGUUCAGGCAGGAGAGUGUUCGAUACGCUUCAAACCUUCCACAGUUCCUUCGCACUGUCGACUGGUUGGAUCCUAGUGCUGUUCAGGAUGUUCACUGGCUACUGGGAUACUGGAGGCCUGAGGACCUGGAAUUGCCAGUUGCUUUAGAGCUGCUGAGUGUAGACUACACAGAUGAGAAGGUCAGGAGACUAGCUGUCCAGAGGCUGGAGAUGAUGUCUAAUGAGGAGGUAUUGAGGUAUCUGCUGCAGCUGGUCCAGACCUUGAAGGUUGAGCCAUACCAUGACAGCUGCCUGGCAAGAUUCUUAAUCCAGCGGGCCCUCAGGAGCAAGCGUGUAGGCCAUUUCUUCUUCUGGUACUUGCGGAGUGAGGUGGCAGGCUGCCCGUUUUUCCGUCAGAGGAUGGCAGUCAUACUGGAGGCUUAUCUUCUCGGCUGUGGUGAAGCCAUGCUGUCUAGCUUUCAGUGCCAGGUUCAAGUUGUCAAAGCCCUGCAUGAUGUCGCCAUCAAGGUGAAAAUGCUGUAUCCAGAGAAAUCCUCUCUUUCAACAUUAGCUUCACAGAAACUGCAAGAAAUUCUGCAGGAGCACAAUUUUCCUCCAGACUUCCAGGUGCCUUUUGAUCCCCGGGUCAGAGCUGGCACACUUCUUCUGAAAGAAUGUAAAGUCAUGCCCUCCAAGAAGAAGCCACUCUGGCUUGAAUUCACCUGUAUGGAAUCAGAGGCACCAGCUGGUCCUCCAGUAGGUAUCAUCUUCAAACAGGGUGACGACCUCAGACAGGACAUGCUCAUCAUCCAGACUCUAAUGGUGAUGGACUCGAUUUGGCAGGAAAAUUGUUUGGAUCUCAACCUCGUGCCCUAUGGCUGUAUAUCUACAGGAUAUAAUAUAGGAAUGAUUGAAAUCGUGAGGGAUGCUGUUACCAUUGCUGCUAUUCAGAGAAAUCAAGGAGGAACAACAGGGGCAUUCAAAAAUAAUGCCCUUUAUGAGUGGCUGAGGGAGAAGUGCCCCCUUUUGGAGAAGCAAUACCAAGCCAUGGAGAAGUUUGUCAACUCAUGUGCUGCUUACUGUGUGGCCACAUAUGUGCUGGGCAUUGGUGACCGACACAAUGACAACAUUAUGAUAACAAACCAAGGGAAUCUGUUUCACAUUGAUUUUGGACACAUCCUGGGAAACACUAAGAGUUUUUUGGGUGUGAACAGAGAGAGGGUACCAUUUGUCCUCACUCCAGACUUCCUGUAUGUCAUGGGCAGGGUGAAGGGGGAAUCGAGCCUCUACUUCCGGAGGUUUAAGGACAUUUGUAUCCAGGCCUAUCUGUCUCUGCGUUGCCAGUCCCGCCUGCUGCUCACACUCUUCUCCCUCAUGCUGCUGACGGGAAUCCCUGAGCUAAGUGCGGCGCAGGACCUGCGCUACCUGCGGAAUGCGCUGCAGGAGGACCAGAGUGAGGAGGAAGCACACCAGCACCUCCUGCAGCAGAUUGAUUACUGUGAGGAGAAGGGCUGGACCGUCCAGGCUAACUGGUGGUUCCACUCAGUAUUUGGCAUGAAGUAAAGAAGUGUAAAACAUUAAUCAACAUUAAUCUGUGUGUGUGUCUAUGUGUGUGUUGGCACUUUUAGUAUAUUCAGUGCAUUUUAGUACAUUCUGCAUAGACAUUAGUGCUGUGAUCUGAUUAAAAGUCUUACUAAUAAUUAUGGUAAUAAUCUAAUCCAAAUAAAAUGACAUUAUUAA